AUGACAAUGUUCACUCCUGAGUUCAAAUUCGAGGCUUCCAAAGUCAGCAGAAGUUCCUUGGACAAUUGCUUUCUGUUUGAGAGCAGUUGGAGGAAAGCAGUUUUGGAAACACAGAAGAUGAGGAAGGCAUUUGGUCUAGAAGAGCCCAAAGAAUGUCUCAAAAUGCCAUAUUUACCAGAACUGCCAAGUUGCCCAAAGAGCUUAAAUUCAACUCCGCUAGAGAUCCAUAAGCACUUGCUGCAUGCUGAGACCGAGAUCCCUCCGAUCAGGAUUAAGAAGACCAAAGAGUCAUGCAGCAUGACAGCGCUUCAGGAGAAGUCAAAAGGUUCUGUCUUCAGUGACCCUUUCUCAGGAGCUCCCUCUCAGUUUCUGCAGAGACUGUCCCGAAUGGCCAUACUGGAAUACGACACUAUUCGCCAGGAAACACACAAGAAGUCAAGGCGAGGCAAGAAGCGGGAUCUCCGAGACUGCUGA